AUGAACGGCGUCCACGGAAGCUCCGAGGGCAACAGUGUCAAUGGCAAGGCGCCUGCUUUGGACAACAACAUCAUCAAGGUUGAACCUCCACGCCGCGAGGACCUGCAACCAUCCUACGCACAAGUCAUCAAGCCCGACACAGAAGACAUUUCACAGCAUGGAUGGUAUGGCUCUAUGAUAAACGGACUCGGCUCAUUAAUCGGGAAUCUUGGUGCGAUUCCAUGCUGCAUAGUCUGCCCAAACCCAUACAAAUCAGUAGCACAAGGAAGCGUCGGACUGGUCACCAAGUUCGGUCGUUUCGCUCGUGCAGUCGAUCCUGGUCUCGUCAAGAUCAACCCACUCUCCGAGAGCCUCAUUCAGGUCGAUGUCAAGAUUCAGGUCGUUGAGGUCCCGCGACAGGUCUGUAUGACCAAAGACAACGUCAACUUGACGUUGACGAGCGUGAUAUACUACCAUAUCAUUAGUCCACACAAGGCUGCCYUUGGGAUCUCGGAUCUUCGUCUUGCGCUCAUCGAACGCACUCAGACCACACUGCGUCACGUCAUUGGAGCCCGAGUCCUGCAGGAUGUCAUUGAACGCCGCGAGGAGAUUGCCCAGAGCAUUCGUGACAUUAUUGACGAGACGGCACGAGGCUGGGGUGUAGCUGUGGAGAGCAUGCUUGUGAAGGACAUUAUCUUCAGCCAGGAACUUCAGGAAAGCUUGUCAAUGGCUGCCCAGAGCAAGCGUACUGGUGAAGCCAAGGUCAUCAGUGCUCGUGCUGAGGUUGAGAGCGCCAAAUUGAUGAGGCAGGCCGCCGACAUCCUGUCCAGUCCUGCAGCUAUGCAGAUUCGAUACCUCGAGGCUAUGCAAGCAAUGGCCAAGACUGCCAACAGUAAGGUCGUGUUCUUGCCUGCGCAGAACCAGACUGUUCAGAGUCAAAUGGCAGUCGCCGAACAGCACGGCGAGGGUCCGUCGAGCUUUUCUCAGGACUAUGGCACGAUGACACGCAACCAAAGCGAGUUUUCCGGCCAGACCCAGGGCUUCCAGUCGGCUGUGAACAGCCGUGUAGUGGAGAACAUGUAA